AUGGUUUUGAACCUUGUCAAAGGAGUUACUCUCUUUUUUCUAACUGGACUUGGCACCAUGGGGAACAUCUUUGUUUUUAUGAAUUAUAUAUGCAUUAUUGGAGGCACUGAGAAGAUAUAUAUGCACCUUAUUCUCAUCCAUUUGGUCUUUACAAAUACCAUACUGCUUCUUUCCAAGGGAAUUCCAAGUACAAUAGCAGCUUUUGGCUUGAGAAUCUUCCUGGACAUCAUAGGUUGUAAGAUUGUUAUUUACCUGGAGAGGGUGGCCCGAGGUGUCUCCAUCUGCACCAGCAGUCUCCUCACGGUGGUCCAGGCCAUCACCAUCAGCCCCAGACACUGUGUGUGGAAGAGGCUCCAGCCCAAGUCAGCAUGGCACAUUCUUCCCUUGCUUCUUUUUUUUUGGAUUCUCAAUUCCUUGUUAAGCAUGAAUGUAUUCUCUGUGAUCACAAAUAUUAACCUAAACUCAUCACAAAUAGAUAAAAGUGACUUCUAUUGUGGUUUACCACUAAAAAAACAGAAAAUAAACUUCAUUUUUGUGACUCUUAUGGCCCUGAGAGACACUGCAUUUCAGAGUCUUAUGGGUGGAUCCAGUGUGUACAUUGUGUUUCUUCUCCACAGGCACCACCAGCGUGUCCUCUACCUGAAGCUCUCCAAGUUCUUCUACAAAACUCCACCUGAAAUCAAAGCUGCUCAAAGUGUCCUUAUUCUGAUGCUUUCUUUUCUUUUCUUUUAUUGGACAGAUUGUGCCAUAUCUUUAUACUUCAUUGUCUCCUUCAAGAAUGCCUCCACAAUAGUAAAUCUUCAAGUAUUUCUGACUCUUGGUUAUGCAGUGCUCUGCCCAUUUGUGCUGAUUCACAGAGAUGGACACUUGGUUAAAUGUUGUCAUUCUCAGUAA